CCGCCCUCAUGGCGGCACACGCCCGCCUCUCGCCUCGCCUCGGCGCGGGCCGCCCGACGCGCAUAAGCCUCGCAGAGGCUGUCGGCGCUGAGGCGGAGCCACGGUGUCCGGGAGGCGCGGCCGGUGGAGGUCGGAGGGCGGCGGGGCGGGCGCGGCGGCACGAGAGCUGGGACCAUGGCUAUUGACUGGAUUGGUUUUGCGUAUGCUGCAAUGCUGGCUGUUGGAGGUGUGGUAGGAUACACUCGUAAAGGUAGUAAAAUCUCUUUAGCUGCUGGUCUCACCUUUGGUUCUGUGGCUGGUUACGGAGCUUACUGCAUAACACGCGACCCGAAAAAUGUGAAGAUAUCACUGUUUUCAGCUUUUCUUUUGACCAUUAUAAUGGGAAUGAGGUUCAAGAGGUCCAAGAAAUUAAUGCCAGCCGGACUGGUAGCGUGCCUGAGCCUUUUGAUGAUUUUGAGGCUUGUUUUUAUGAUGCUGUAGGAGACUUUAUUAAGGACCGAAGGACAACUGCCACAGCCACUGAACAAACAGGCAAGCUCUCCAUACUUGAUACUUUGAACACAAGUCUUACAUUGCAUUUCCCUUUUCUGUACAAGAUCUGGACCUGUUAUUUGAUUCCUGACAUUUGCUGGUAUUUUGCAAGCCUUUUUCAAAAACUACAACAAGUAUUUUCUUGAUUAUGUAUUUUGAUCUACUUAAACUGUCUGUUAACUCGAGGGAUCUUUCUGUGUGUAUCUGAUCUUUCAGAAGUGCUGAGCCUCCCAAGGAACUGAUUUAAUCUUUCACGGUAGCCCAGAGGGAAUAUAUAUAUAUAAAUACCUGUUAAUGCUAAAAAGGUGCAGCCUGUACUGAACCAUAAUUUUGUAGUUUCUUAGAUUAAGUAAUCCUGCUGUCGAUUACAAAUCCAUAAAGGCUCAUGUAUGGACUGUGCUGCACUGGAACUCCCCCUUCCUUUCAAUCACAUGUUCUUGUUCUGCUGCUUCUAAAUGUAAAAAAAAACAUUUUCAGUGUUCAAAUAAAAUGGAAAUUAUUCAAA